AUGGGGCAACUCAGCAGUGCUUGGUUUGCCAACGGUACUGCUGCCGCAACCAUGUUCCGUCUCUGCGUCGUCCUUGCUCUGGUCUCCAGCGCCCUUGCUGGACACCUUCGCGGUGGCUACAGCCUUGGCAGUGAUGUCAGCCUCCCCAAUGGAGUUGCCCUCGGCAGGGGUGUUGGCAUCGGCAAUGGUGUUGGCUUCACAGGCUACGGUCUUAGCAACGGAAUUGGCUACUCUGGCCUCACCGGCUUCGGUGCCGGCCACGGCCUGGCCGAUGGACCAUCCACCAGCUACGCCGUAGCUGCUCCAGCUGUUGCUCGCACCGUCUCCACUUACCAAGCUGCUCCAGCCAUCGCUACCUACGCCGCUUCCCCAGUCACCACCGCGGCCGCUGCUCCAGCCGUGUCUCGCGUGACCACCUACCAGUCCGCUCCAGUGGCGGCCUCUGCCCCAGCUAUUUCUACCACCUACCAAGCUGCUCCAGCUGUGUCCCGCUUCACCACAUACCAGUCGGCUCCAGGUGUCGCUAGCUACGCCACUCCAGCUGUCUCUCGCGUCUCCUACCAAACCGCCCCAGCAGUGACUAAGGUGUACCAGAGCGCCCCAGUCGUCGCUGUUGCCCCAGCUGUGUCCCGCGUCACCACCUACCAGUCUGCUCCAGCUACAGCUACUUACACUGCUCCAUCUGUCUCCCACGUCACCUACCAGAGUGCCCCAGUAGUAGCUGCUGCCCCAGCUGUGUCCCGCGUCACCUACCAGAACGCCCCAGCCGUCGCUGCGUCCCCAGCUGUAUCCCGCUUCACCGCCUACCAGUCUAACCCAGCUGUCGCUACUUACGCUGCUCCAGCUGUCUCCCGCGUCACCUACCAGAGUGCCCCAGUCGUCGCUGCUGCUCCAGCUGUGUCCCGCGUCACCACAUACCAGUCUAAUCCAGCUGUCGCUACGUACGCUGCUCCAGCUGUCUCCCGCGUCACCUACCAGAGUGCCCCAGUCAUCGCUGCUGCUCCAGCCGUGUCACGCGUCACCACCUAUCAGUCUGCGCCAGCUGCGCCCCGCAUCACUACUUACCAUUCUGCUCCCGCUGUCUCCCGUGUCACCUACCAGAGCGCCCCAGUCGUUGCUGCUGCCCCAGCCUUGCCGCGCUUCGCCGCGUACCAGUCCGCUUCAGCUGCCACUACCUACGCUGCCCCAGCUGCCACCAAAAUAUUUCAGUCCUCUCCUGCUAUCGCCACUGGGGCAACCGCUCCAUCUCUGUCCCAUGUGACCACCUACCAGUCUACGCCUGCCAUGGCCAGCGCCGCUCAAGCUUUUCCAGUGGCCACCUACGCCGCUGCCCCAGCUGCCACUACCAUCCACGGAGAUCCGGCUGUUACCACUACCACUAUUCAUCACGCCCCAGCUGUCACCACCGGUGGCCACGCUGCACCAGCCUACGCUGCCUACCAGGCCACCCCCGUCUACGGCUACGGUGUUGGAAACCUCGGCUACGGCACUGGAAAUUACGGCCUCGGCCACGGCUUUGGUGUCUAUGGCCUCAACUACGGAUAUGGUCUUGGUACUCCAUUCGACUACAACACCCUCCUCCGCAGGAAGAAGUGCUGA